AUGGCCCACAAAAAGGAGGAGCUCAGGUUGGAAAGGCGGAGCAUAAGUGAUGCCUUGCUAUUGACGACGAUGUGCAUCAUUGGGAUGCCCGUCGACGUUCACGCCAUUGAUGACUCUGUUUACUCUGGAAUCCUCCACACCGCCUGGGUCGACAAGGAGUAUGGUAUUCUUGGUUUUCUGUUGUCUGAUUCGUCUUUACUUCCCGCCAUCGUGUUGAAGAAAGCCACGAUGAUCAAGAAAGGUGACCUAGAUGCAAAUGUGGUGAACGGGACUUUGAUAGAGACCCUUGUAGUUCGUUCAAAAGAUCUUGUCCAAGGAGCUGUGCUUCCUGCUUAUGCCGAAGUGUUAAAAUCGAAUGAGCCCGAAGAGAAAACUGAGCACUUAUAUCAAUUAAGGCAGGUUGCAGAUGGCUCGCAAGAAAUACAGAGCGACUUCAACAAUAGCCUGGGGUUCCUGGACCAGCGAACGAUGGAUGAAGCUCAAGUCUCAAGUCCUAGUAGUGAGUUUCCGUCUUACUUUGCCUUGAAUAAGUUUGAUAAACUGACACAUCUAUGGACAGCUUCCAUUACCAACAUGUCACUAGUACUGAUUCUAGAUUGUUCCAUUUCUGUGAGUGAUAUUCAGGUUUCUUUUAAUGUUAAUGUAGUAAACAGCUUUGUAGCUCAGUCGACCGGUGCUUUGAAUAUUACAGAGGGUACUGUUCAACAUGAACCAACCGAAGUAUCUUCUGGUCGUUCUAGUGCACACGUGGACAAGGAUCAAGGGAGACUGACUCCAAAUGAAUCCGUAUGUACAGUUAUUUCUCCGCCAGAUAUUUGUGAUGCUUCAGUUCCCACUCUCGAAGUCGAAUCAGAUUCACGACUCAGGGCAUCAUCAGAUCCCUUCAUGUGGGUGCCUCCAAGAAGUUCGAGUGUUAAGAAAACUGCAAAGGAAUCUAAGCUGAAUCAUGGAGCUCAGAGAUUUUACCCAUCAAUGUUGUACCAUAGAAUGGUGGAACCACAUGUACGCCCAAAUGGGACAGGUGUUCCCUAUAGGCCUGGGGCUUGCGCAUUAGCAUCAAGGGGACAUGUCACCUUUGGGCAUGGAGACAACAACACACCAUAUUUUCAACCUGUUAUGUUUGGACGAGGUGGGGGCCCUCUUGUUUAUACGAAUCCCAUCCCCAGUCUUGCACCUGGGCUAUCUCCAGCAACUCCACGACCGCCUUUAGCUCCACAUCAGCUGUACCUUCGUGAGCACCAAGGAAACUGGUCAUCCCAAGAACUGAGGCAUUACAUGAUUCCCCCUUUAGUGGCAAAUGGACCUCAGUCAUAUGUGAUGCCAAGUUCUCUUCCUAUUCCGCAGCCAAUAUUACCUUUUGUACGACCUAUUGCAAUUCCAGGGACACAUGGUUAUUUGAGCACCAAGUUUGUUUGAAUCUCAUCUCUUCAAAAUCAUCAUUCUUCUAAUUGGAAAUUUUUGCUUUUUCUGAGUCAUACAAAAUUAAAUUGUUUCUUUUUCUGUUUUUUCCUUCUGUUUAUCCUUGUGGCAACCCAUGUUUAGAAAGGGAGGGGCACUUGAACAGUGUAAUAUAAGAAUUUUGCUAAAAUUGGUUGGUUAUUGUUCUGUUCUUUUCCUUUUCCCAGAUUUGUGGGAAAGGUUGAUAGGUUUGUUUUGGUUAUGUUGUGAUGAGGUUUCAAUUUUUAACAGUUCACUCAUUGUAAUAUGGCUUAUAGCGAAGGUGGGUUUUUGUUUUUAGGUAUGAUAUAGUGAAAGUUUGGUUUUGUUUUUAUCCAAGGAGUUUUGUUUAUCUUGAGGGCUGCUUGAGUUACUUAUUACCAUUAUCCAGGAACAUGAGGCAGUAUUUAUUCAUUUAUUUAUUUGGUACUUAUGUUUCUUUGUAUGAUUAUGCUGGUAUGAG